AACUAAAUAUCUAACUCUCUGUGACUCUGUCCUUCUCACUUCUCAUUACUUUUCUUCUCACCAUCGUUAUCACUCACUCUCACUUCACUCUUCACACUUAUUUCCACGCUCACACCUAAAAAACCGUCUUUUUCCGUUUUUCACUCUCUCACUCAUCUCAAUACCCUCCUCACUCCCCUCUCCACUCUCACAAUUUCUCAAAAUUCUGCAUCCCAAAAUUAAAGCUCCGAUCUUUCUCAUCUGGGCACCAUUAAAGUUUUCAUCUUUCUGAAUUUACUCAUCUGGUUCUUCUUCUUCUGCUGAAUUCCAGUUUCAACAUGAUUCGCUCCAACAGCAACAAUAUGCACGCCAACACCGAUUCCGAUGUAACAAGCUACGACCCAUCAACGCCAAGAUCACCAAAACGCGCCGUUUACUACGUUCAGAGUCCUUCAAGGGACUCACACGACGAUGGUGACAAAUCUUCAACCAACCAUGCCACAACGCCAGCAUAUAACAGUCCCACUGAUUCACCUUCACACCACUCCUAUGGCCACCAUUCCAGGGAAUCCUCUGCAAGCAGGGUUUCUGGCUCUUACAACUCUUCUUGGGGGAGGCGAUGGAACAGGAAGCGUGGAAGUGGCUAUAAUAAAGGGUGGCCUGAGGGCAAGGUGAUUGAAGAAGAAGGGUAUUAUGGUGAUUUCCACAGCGGGAAUGAAGGGCUUGCUAGGAGGACUCAGGUGUUCUUUGCUGUGGUUGGAUUUGUUGUGAUCUUCAGUGUUUUCUGUUUGAUCCUUUGGGGUGCUAGCAGACCUUAUAAACCAAAGAUCAUUGUUAAGAGUUUGAUAGUACAUAACUUCAACAUUGGAGGAGGAGCAGACCUCACAGGAGUCCUGACCAAGAUGCUAACAGUAAAUUGUUCAUUCAAAAUGACAGUGCAUAACCCUGCAACGAUUUUCGGCAUUCAUGUUAGUUCCAAGUCAGCAAACCUCAUGUAUUCUGAGAUUUCAGUUGCAACUGGAGAGUUGAAGAAAUACUAUCAGCAGCGAAAGAGUCGGCGGACUGUGUAUAUGAAUAUGAAAGGAGACAAGGUUCCUCUAUAUGGAGCUGGAGCAAGCUUAUCCGAUUCAGCCGUUGACCGAAAAAUACCAAUGCGGCUUGUCUUUGAGGUUAAAUCAAAAGGGAAUGUUGUUGGGAAGUUGGUGAAAUCUAAACAUAGACAACAGAUUUCUUGCUCGGUUGUUCUUGAUUCUGAAAGCAACAAACCUUUCAUACUUAAAGAGAAUGCAUGUUCAUACUCAUGAGAGGUUUUGAUCC